AUGUUACAUGAACUCUUCCGCUCGGUUACGUGAUGACAUGAUCAGUCUGGCCUUGGGAACUUGGUGAUCGUUUCGUCCAAGGAGGCUUUCUUUAACCUCCUUGUUUCGUCCAUUCAACACUUCCUACAUUUCUUUGAUUUGUCUGUGGCAGAAAACACAGAUCAUAUAUAACAUGGGAGACGUCCAGUCAAAGUCGUCAACGUCAACAGCUGCAGGGGGUCAUGGAGAAUGGUUCUUUGAUGAAUUACAAAAGAUGAGAUCAGAGGGUGUGCUGGUGGAUGUGACCCUGUGUGCUGAAGGGGAAGAGAUCCCCUGUCACCGCUUGGUUCUCGCGACUGUCAGUGACUAUUUCCGGUCCAUGUUCAGUGGAGGUCUCAUUGAGAGCCAGAAAAGCAAAAUAGAGAUGGGAGGGGUGAGCGCAGAGGCACUGCAACUGUUGGUACACUAUGCGUACACUUCCAAAGUCAACAUCACCCCUGACAAUGUUCAGUCUCUGUUUCAAGCAGCGGACAUGCUGCAAUUUUACGAAGUCUGCAACAAAUGCGAGAAGUUUCUACAUGGCAAUGUAAACGAAAAAACGUGUUUAGGAAUUUGGACAUUGGCAGACAGGGUGUCGCGUAGCCGUUUAGCAGAGACGGCAAAAAGCUGCUCUUUAAAGUGGUUUGAAAAAGUGUGCACGACGGAGGAUUUUCUUCACCUGCCAGUUCACUUGCUGCAGUCUUACAUCUCAGAUGAGGGCCUACUAGCAAAGAAGGAGGAACGAAUCUUGGAGGUGGUCAUGCUUUGGGUAAGACAUGACCUGAAAGAACGAGAAGAACACCUCAAGGAGCUACUGAAGUGUAUCUGCUUCACAUGUAUGGACCCGGACUAUCUCAAGAACAUUCUCAAAACAGACAAGCUGUUGGCAGGAGUUCGUGGAAUCAAAACAAUGGUGAAGAAGCAACCUACGCAUGCAGUUUCUCGCCAAAUUCUCCAGAAGGACAUUUUAGUUCUCGGUGGUGUCACUGGAACUGAGCAUACAUUGAGUGGUAAAGCCUACAGACUCGAACUAGAUUCUACUUGCGUUGACACAAGUCCCCUGCCCAAACCUUUUCGGGACAGCAGGGGAAUCGCAGCUUGUGUCAUCCGUAAUAACCUAGUGGUGACAGGUGGAGACAAGUCUAUGUCCCAAGCCUGGAGGUACAAAGCCUCUAAGAACACUUGGAUGAAGAUGGCGAAUCUUCGGACAAGAAGAUACGACCAUGGGAUGGCAGUGUUGGGGGGAGAGGUGUAUGUGGUUGGCGGCGCCAAGAAUGUCAGAGCCCGUCCAGACGAUGACGAAGAUGAUAAUGAUAGGUGUAUGAUAACUGACGUUGAAGUAUACGACAAGGAGAGGAACUGUUGGAGAGUAACGGAACCACUGCCGCUGGCGGUGUGCAGUUUCGGUAUAACCACCUGCCGUGGGAAGCUCUACGUCUUUGGUGGCUGGACCAAUGAGGAUGAUGACCCGGAAGAGACGACCGACGCCAUUCAGUGCUUCGAUCCGACCAUGGAUGAAAUGUGGUCGUUGGAGAUGUGGAUGCCAGAGAGAGUGACUCACAUAAGUGCUUGCACAGUCGACUCCAAGAUCUACCUGGUUGGUGGACAUUUACAGUUUGUGGUGUUCUUCGACCCCGAGGACGGGAGUUGCACGGCUCUGGCUCCCAAAUUGGCCCCAUGGAACGACUGUAGUGCCACCGUGUGCGGCUCAGACAUCUACAUUACUGGCGGCGGGGCAGAAGAAUUCAAAAAGACUGGGGUUGGCAAGUGGCAGUCCAAAUUUCACACCUUUGCUAUGGUUCAGUGCUACAAUGUGGAGAAUAACACCAUGGUCUUGUGUAAGGAUCUGCCACAGCCACUGUAUGGACACUGCACUGUAGCUGUUUCCAAGUCAAAGUUUGCAAAGGCGGCUGAAAAGUAGUUAACAAGCCAAUGCAAGACUGUCCCACAAUUUUUGGAUGUAAAACUGAGCUUAACAGAAAGUAAGAUCAGGAAAGGCAAUUUAGGUCAUGUGCAACCUUUUCAGUACCUCUAUGUAUCACAAGUUUGACACAUAAACUUUUUGUCACAUGAUUUCCCCUCAUACUGAUCAUCUGCUUGGCUGGGCUUCGCAAACAAAGAUCAUCUUGGGGUUAGGUCCACGUCGGCCACAUACUGAUCAUAGCAAUGCAGUAAAGGUGCAUAUUCAUUAAAUGCAGUUACCCUCCCCCAUAGAUCAUUAGAUGUAGAUGAAAAGUCUUUUUGAUUGAAGGCAAUGUGUUAUUUUUAUGAGAUAUCACUAUGCUUUAAUCCAUCACCUCCCAAAAUGUGAAAUACAAAUGUGUUCAUAGACUUGAACAAGAAUUUCUAUUUUUUUGGUGUGGAAUUACUUUAAAUGUUAUUUUACUUAUAACUAAUCUUGUAUUUUCAAAAAACCCCUUCAUAUAUAUUUCUAAUACUAUUGUGGUUUUUAACACUUUUACACUAAUAAGGAAUGUAACCUUUUUAGAUAUAUUGUACAACAUUUUGUUUUUAGGUUUUAGUUCUAACAGGCAAGUGUUCACAGUUUAGUUUUAGGUUAGGUCUAACAGAUUCACAUAAAUUGGAUUUUUUUUCAUUCUUCUAUAACAUGCUUAUUUGUAGCUUUUUGUUACUGUGUACAUUCAAUUGCUACUCAUUACAAUGUAUGUUCUGUUAAUUUAGUUUUAUUAUGUAUAGGGUUGCUAGCCUGAGUACCAUCCUCCCAAGUGACCGUUGGCUCAAUACUUUGUUAGCAAGCUAAAGUAUUGAGCCAGUGGUCACUACAGAGGAUGGUACUCAGGCUAUAGCAUUGCUAACAUGCAGAACAUACAGCAUUGCUCAAGUGUACUGAAGACAAUCUUAUUACAUACUAGUACAUUGUACAGAGAAAAUGGGCUGAUGGUAUACAGUGUCUUUAUUUGUACUUUUAGUCUUCUACUAGACUCCAUGGGUCACUGGAAAAUUAGUAGAAGUUGGCAAAAUAUACAAAUGACAUGCAAGGGGAGUUGGCCAGCCUGAGAAAAUGCGACCUACUCAAAUUUCUACUUUUCCAGUGACUUAUGUACUGUGGUUGACACUGGUGUACUUCCUCCUUCAACUUCAAGCUAUAGAGAAUGACAAACAAGCAAAGUAGUUGUAUGAAAACUUUUAUUGCCACAUAAAAAUAAAAGUCAUCAAUGUUAAGUCCAUACUGUAUGUUUGACAUUACCGGUAUCACAAAAGAGUUUCAGAAAUGUUGUGAAGAUAAGCUGCUCAUCUAAGUUACUAAAAAUUAAAGAAUAUUUAUCAUUG